GUUAGAAUUUCUUGCUCGUGCCUCGCCUCUUGCAGGCCGGCAAGGAGUCGUCGAGUCGUCGUGCUUCCCGUCCACAUGAGAGAUGCACAAACAGCAACAGGCUAGAGCCAGAGAAAGAGGCAGACGACACCAAAAUGACCGGGGUAAGCGCAGCUGCAAUUGAGCUUGACCCUUCUUGACAUCGUUUCCCUCUGUCCAAUCACCACCACCACCACCACCUUGACCUCCUCCUCCUCCUUUUCUCUCCGCCCAUCAUCAUCACGCUGACCAGCAUCUAGGGUAUCGAAGCCCUUCAACCCUUCCUCCUUCCUCUUUCCCUGACCAGCAUCCCACUGCUCUCCUUCAACUUCUGGCAGCAUGGUGCGCGCAGCCGCCCAAAUCUUUUCGCUCUCUUCUCUUCUGCUCCUCGCCGCAACGUUCAUCGAGCAAGCAGCCGCUCAUGGCAGCCUCCUGGACGAGGGAUGCCGAUCGGCGACGAAACUGGCUAAGCGUCAGGCGGGCGGCAUCACUGCAACGUCGGGCGAAGGGUCGGGCUCUGUGACGAGCGGAGGAGCAGCAGCUGCCAAGUACUCGUGCGACGCAUCACAAUGCCAGCUUCCCGACUGCCACUGCGCCGACACGAACCCCCCGGGUGGCCUUGACCCCAAGGAUGUCCCACAGUUCAUCACCCUCACUGCAGACGACGCCAUCCAGUCAUACACGCUCGAUGCGGUCAACAGUUUGAUUGGGUCGCGCAAGAACCCCAAUGGGUGCUCACCCAAGAUGACCUACUUCACCUCGCUGUCAUACACCAACUACUCGAUGGUCACCGAGUGGUACGUCGCUGGCAACGAGAUUGCAGACCACACCAUGACGCACGUAGGCUCACCACCGGACACUGAGGUGUCCGGCAACCUUGUAGCGCUCAAUGCUCUCGCAGGCAUCCCCUACAAGUCUAUCCAAGGCUUCCGCGCUCCCUUCCUCAAUUACACCCGCGAGACUCUCGAGCUCCUCGCCAAGCUCAACUUCACCUACGACAGCUCUGCCUCGUCAGGCGUGCGCGCCACUGACCCAAAUUCAGAUGCCUUCUGGCCGUAUACACUCGACAACGGCAUGGCAAACGACUGCGAGUCUGUAGAAAACAUCUGCGGCGGCGAGCCCAAGCUGCCUGGCAUGUGGGAGAUCCCCAUGUACGCCACUUUCGACCCCAGCUCGGCGAAUGGCGCCCACUUGAUGGACCCAUGGCUGGAGGGAGAGCCAGACGAUGUGCUCAACUGGAUGAAGGAUACCUUCAACGAUCACUACAAUGGCAAGAAGGCGCCUUUCGGCAUGUACUCCCACCCGAUCCACAUUGCGGCCAACUAUCCCGGCCUUAAAGACCCCGUAGGAACUGUACAAAUGCUCAACGAGUUCCUCGACUGGGCGACGGACGGCAAGGACGACGUCUGGCUCGUCAGCAACGAGCAGCUCCUGGCUUGGAUGAAGAACCCUGUCAAAGCCUCCGAGCUCAACACCCUCGACGAAUUCAAAUGCACAACCCCCAAAGUAGACGCCAAAAUCUGCAACGGCAUGCCUGCCAAUGAGGCCGGCCUGCUCGAGCACUGUAUCAGCGACACGGCUGGUGACCCGCUAAACAAUUCGCCCUUCUACACUUGCUAUGGUUGCCCUACCACGACCCCCUCGCCAGACCAGCCAAACCCUCCGCAGAAGAACAAUGACGGCUCGGUGCGCCACCGCAUCUCCGCGUCUUGCGACACGCCGUUCUGGGAUCCGAUUGCGGGCAAGUGCCUGAACACGGGCUUCAGCGACAGUACCAGGGGCAUCAGUGCUGUUGUGGCGGAUCAGGGUGGGACGAACACUAACGGGAGCGCCAGUGGGCCGGCGACUCAGGGCGACGGAUUUGAGAGCUUCAACAGCGCGAGGAAGGCGAUGAGCGUCGUUGGCAAUGCCGUCCUACUCAGCGCCGGCUUGGUGGCCCUGGCUGCUCUUGCGUGAUGAGCAGGUACGAAGAGAUUGGAGGAGCUCAGCAUUAGAUCAAACGGACACUACAACGACCAGCAGCAAUGACAGGCGACGACGCACGACGAGUGCAAUCUCAAUCAUCAGUCACACAAUCACCCACGCGACCAGCAUCUUCAUCUUCACGCUCCCUCGCAUCUCUCCUUGGCCCUUGGCCCUCGUGUCUCGUCGCUCUCUGCUCUCUACCAUUCGCUUACCACCAUAUAUCAUGACAAAUGACGUCUCACACUUGACAAUUCAGCCUCUCACACCUCCAUGUCCUCUUUUUCGAAUUGAGUCCCCCGUAAACGGACUCCGAUUGGCCUCGCUCG